AGCCUGGUCUAAAGAAGCAGCUCGGGGAUUUCAACCAAGCUGGGCUCAGAAGCCAGUUGUUGGCGCUGUCCGUGGUGCUGAGGAAUUCCCGGCUGCCGGCAGAAUGAGCUCCAAAUCAGCAGUCUGCAAACUGCUCUCAGUGAUGCAGAAACCCAGCUAAAGUUGCUCCUUUCCUUCAUGUCCACAGUUAGCAUUUUCUGGUGUGUAAGAAGGGAUUCAAGCAACAUAUCGUGGACGAUGCUGAUGGUAUUGCCGGUGGAGCGGGCUUUAAGCUACAGUACGCUGUUGCUGUUUGUGAUCCUCAGAGCCUAGCCAAAUCACCUCUACUGCCGUAGCAAACACUGUGUAAGUGAACUCAUGUGUGGAGGAGGCGUAAUCAGCCAGGAAAUUUCAUAGAAGGAUCUAAGAAAAUGCUAAAAAUAAGUUCAACAUGAUUCUGCUACUGGGGUCUGGAUUUCUACAGGACCAGCAUUGCUUCUUUCUUUGAAUUCUGAAGACAGGUCCAAAGCGUAUUUCUUAUGUGUGUCUGCUGUGUUUCUCUCUGGAAGGGUGGGAGACUGCUUCUUGACUGUGUUUUGAAAUGGGAGGUAGAGAGAAUGGAUUGCCUUUAGUUCAUGCCUGAAAAUGUAUUCUUUGGGUGAUUAAAGAGGAACUGCUUUCCUAAAACAUACCUGACCUUUAAGUUCAUAUUGGUCUUUGACCCCCACCACCACCAUUAACCUCCACAGUGACUAGCCUACCCCUCUUGUAUUCCCAUGGAAGGAGCUGAGUAUAUUUAAUAAUAGGAGCACACCCAGAAGUCUUUGAGGAGGGGCAUGGCUCUUCAUAUUCAUGAAGCUUGCAUACUUCUAUUGGUCAUCCCUGGAUUGGUCACCUCUGCUGCCAUCAGUCAUGAAGACUAUCCUGCUGAUGAAGGUGACCAGACCUCCAGUAAUGACAAUCUGAUCUUUGAUGACUAUCGAGGGAAAGGGUGUGUGGAUGACAGCGGCUUUGUAUACAAGUUGGGAGAACGGUUUUUCCCAGGGCAUUCCAACUGUCCAUGUGUCUGUGCUUUAGAUGGACCUGUUUGUGACCAGCCAGAAUGCCCGAAAAUUCACCCAAAGUGCACAAAAGUGGAACACAAUGGAUGCUGUCCUGAGUGCAAAGAAGUGAAAAACUUUUGUGAAUAUCAUGGGAAAAAUUACAAAAUCUUGGAGGAAUUUAAGCCCUCUCCAUGUGAAUGGUGUCGCUGUGAGCCCAGCAAUGAAGUUCACUGUGUUGUAGCAGACUGCGCAGUUCCUGAGUGUGUCAACCCAGUCUAUGAACCAGAACAAUGUUGUCCUGUCUGCAAAAAUGGUCCAAACUGCUUUGCAGGAACUACAAUAAUUCCGGCUGGCAUUGAAGUGAAAGUGGACGAAUGUAACAUCUGUCACUGUCACAACGGGGACUGGUGGAAACCUGCUCAAUGUUCAAAGCGCGAAUGCCAAGGCAAGCAGACUGUGUAGGACAAAUUUCCAACCAAUGACGAGUUCUUAGGAAAGAAUGCUAUGGCUUCUACACUGCACAUGUUUAACACAAAACAAAACAAACAAACAAACUCCUGCCAGCUACAACAGGGUCACCAGCAAAACCUUUUAGGGUUGACAAAAGUGAAUAUUUUACUAAGAGGAAAUUUCUCUCUUUUUCUCUUGCUAUAUAAAAUAUAUAUGGUAUAUAGCUAUCUAAACCGCUUUUGUAAUUACCAAUGCUUGGUGGUGACUUGACGACUGGAUUUCUGGAACAAAAAGAAAGAAAUAGCCUUGCACAGGCUCCUUCCCUGGUGAUGCCUUCGACCUGCCAGUUCACCAGGCCCUGAUUUACUCCAUUUUUCACUCUUCUGUACAUCCUCCAUGCCAUUUCUCUUAGAAUAUUUUUUUCCACUAUUAGAACCUAAAGGGCCAGAUUUGACUACACAGAAAAUUUUGAGAUGUGUCAAAAAGGUUUAUUAAAGAAGCAUCAGGGGGAGCAGGAAGAUGCAAGAGCAUCCAACCAAUCCCACCCCUGGAGUAAAUAAUAUGCCCUGUAAGCUAAGAAAAGAGGGGUGCGCACACCAGCGGACCCUCUGCUGGACAUGGUGGGCAACUGGUAUUUUGUCCGUUAUGUGGGGGCUCCUAAUUUGAUUCUUACAAACCACAUAUUUCAUAUACAAAACCUUGAAACUGCCAAUCAAAAAAUGAAUAGGUAAAGAACACCAGGAGCUUGACUCAAGACUCCAAAGAGACACAGGUAUUUAAAAUGGUAGCAUUAGUCAUCAGACUUUUUCAUGAUGCUGAAUUUGAGUUUGGUUUGUAACUAAACACACUGUAAACCCACUCUGUCACUGGGCAAUAUAAAUACCAGAACCAGGGUGAGUAGCCCCACUGUGAAUCUGAACCCUUCUGAACCUUUCUGACUUUCUAGUUCAGCUGUGCCUGAAAGCCAGAAUUACACAUGAGCAGUUUUUAUGGUUCAGGACCACGUUUGCCAUGUUACAGGAAAAAAAAAAAAACCGCUCAGCCCUAAGUCUAAAAUACAGAUUCAGGACACUUUUUCCACCUCAAGUGCUGACUUAAAUUAAAGAUUAGGGUAGAGUGAGUCUUGCACAAUAUAAUUCCAUUUGUUGAACAUUUUUUAAAAUGUAUAUAUUAGAUACUGAACUAUUAAAGUGAACCUUCGAAGAGUCUCAAGGUUGCCCUGGAAAUGCUGCUAGUAUAGUAACAGAAAAAUAAAUAAAUAAAUAAAACAUACAGGGUAUCUGAUGUCAGCUCGAUCCAAGUGCAAAAUUUGUAAUUCUGAGACCACAUGGCAUAGUUAGUCACUUAUUCCACUUGCCUGUCCUAAAAACCCUGGUGCAGAUCUGAUAGGGUUCUUGAGGAAACUUCAAGGUUGUCUUCAUUACCAGUGUUCUUCUUUUUCUGCUCCCACUCUAACCUAGGUUUUGCAGUGGCUCCCGUGGAGUGCUAUAUUCUAGCUCAGGAUGUCUCAUCCUUAGUCAUAUCGACAUUUUGGGCCAGAUCACAAUUUGUCAGUGGGGGCUGUCUUAUACAUAUUUAGGAUAUUUUGCAGCAUCCCUGGCUUCUGUCCACUAGGUGCCAGUAGCAACCCCCAGUGGUGACAACCAAAUGUCUCCAGACAUUGCCUAAUGGCCCCAAAGGGGUGAGGUGGGUGCAAAAUGUUAACUGGCUGAGAGUCAGUGGUCCAGAAUAAUCAGUGGAGUGGUUUCUGCUCUGGUUGUAUGUGUGACUUGGGUAAGCCCUUGAGUUCUUUGGGACAUGCACAAACAGCAGCCCUGGGGGGGGGGGGGGGGGGGGGGGGGGCGGUCAGUCGCCUCUGUAAGGAGUGACAAUUCUAACAGCAUAGGUCCACCUUCAGGACAAUCAUAUUUUUAGUCUCAUCAAUUGGUUUUUUGUUGAAAAUUGUCAGUCUCACCUCCCUGAAAGCAUCUCCUGUCAUCAAGAAAGAGUUGUCAUUUCCAAAAUUAAUGUGCCGACAAGUUGGACCUGACACUUUAACGCACACUGUGCUUGUGUUAUGAUACAAAUAGCAAUCCCGGUGCCAUCCCGAGGAAGAGCAUCCAGCCGCCUUCCCUUAGAACACCAAUUUGCGGCAAGGUUGGAGCCUUUCAGUUGCCACCAUGGAUACAUCAUAUAGACAGUCAUGAAUCAUUCAUGAACAAUUCUGCAUGAUUUAUGCCUCCACUCAACAGCAAAGGCAUUGCACACUUCAGCUCAUGUCUAGACAGAGACGUAUUAUAGAGCUUUCUCUGCCCUGAGGUUGCCUGUUGCCAGCUUCAAAAAUCCACACUCUUGGAAAGAAAUAAUAAUCAUAAUAAAUGACAGGAAAAAGGUCUGAAACCUCAGAACAUAUCAUUAGUAGGGCCAUGUAGCAUAGUACCUUAUCUAUUAUUAAGGAGUUACUAUGUCCUUUUUCAGAAAACAGAAAGAGAGUGUAACUGGGAAGCUGAGGUACAGACAUUUUGCAUCAAAGUUUUGGUACAGGGACAGUCACAGCAAGAAUUUACUAGAAUGGAGGAUAACAUCCAUCAAGAUACUCUCAUCAGAGGGUCUGCAAGAGGCAGCUACUUGGUGGCCUCUGUUACCAAGAGAGUCUUGUUGGGUUUCUAGCUUUUUUUUUUUUUUUUUCUUUUCCAGCUUCUCUGCAAGCUCCUUCCUUUAAGACUUUGUAGCACUGACAUUUUUUUCCCCUUUAGGGAGAGUGAUGAACCUAUACUGUGACAGAAUUUCUCCUAAACCGAUCAUCAUUUUACAACUUCCUUCUACCCAGGUCAUUGAGAAAUUCUUUCCAAACUCUGAACAACAUAGUUCUGGUCUGGUUGUUUUGUUUUGUUUUGAUUUGAUUUUUUUUUUUUCCUUUGAAGGCUUCGUUUGCAGCCACACUGUCACCUCUGUAUUACCAUUUCUCCUCUGCCUUUUGUUCUCUGGGUUCUCGGCUUUAACUACAGCUAUGUUCGAAUGAGGGAUCAACAUCCUGUUUGUAGGUCGAUGCCUGUUAAAAAUGAUUCAGUUUCUAAAAUCUUUGAAAAAUGGUGUGCCUGAAAACUAGUGAGAAAAAAAAAACUAAACACUAAACUGUAAAAAGGGGAUUCUAGCAACAAUAUUUGAUGUGUAAAAGAAUAUAUUAUUAAAAAAUUAUUUUGUUAAAUAUAAAGUGUGUUAACCAGCAAA